AUGAUCACCGCCGAUCACUCCUCGCAAGAGUUGGUCGCAGAAACAACCAAAACCGAAACAAACGUAAAUAUUGACCCAUCUACCGAAGAAAAGAACAUCGAAAGCCCAUCACCCGUGCCGACAAAACGGUACCCGGAGACAGAUCUAGAUCGCGGACUUGUUGGGUGGGAUGGACAAGAUGAUCCUGAGAAUCCGCAGAAUUUCUCUGCCGCCAAAAAAUGGGGGUUACUUUCGCUUGUGAGCGCUAUUACUUUCGUUUCGCCAUUGGCGUCGAGUAUGUUUUCGCCAGCGGUUAGUUUUGUUGGGGAGGAAUUAGAUGUAACCAAUGAAACGAUUCUUUCGUUUAGUGUUAGCAUUUAUUUGCUUGGGUACGCUUGUGGACCGCUUCUACUUGCCCCUUUGAGUGAAAUAUAUGGUCGCCGGGUUGUCCUUAGCUGUGCGAAUUGGUUCCUUGUUGUCUGGCAGAUUGGCUGCGCUCUCGCGCCGAAUAUCCAAACUUUGAUUAUAUGUCGACUCUUCGCAGGUAUUGGGGGAUCUGGACCUCUGACGUUAGGAGCAGGUGCUAUCGCGGAUAUGUUUCCGAUCGAACAACGUGGUUUAGCAACGUCUAUCUGGAGCUUGGGUCCUUUAAUCGGACCAUGCGUUGGGCCGCUGGCCGGAGGGUUCAUGGGUGAAACUAUCGGCUGGCGAUGGGUCUUCUGGGUGUUAUUGAUUCUGGGUGCGGUAGUAUCACUUGGUAUCGAGUUCUUGAACCAGGAGACGUAUGCUAUUGUUCUGAUCCGCCGGAAAACUGAGCGCUUAUCGAAAGAACUCGGUCGCUCUGACCUUCGCAGUGCCUAUACGCCAAAUCAGGAGAAGAAUCCCUCACUAGGAAAGAUGCUGAAGCACGGAUUAAGGCGACCGGUCAUUCUGUAUUUCAAGUCGCCCAUUGUCGCACUUUUAUCCACAUACAUCGCCUUCGUCUAUGGCCUCUUGUAUCUGUUCUUCACGACCAUAUCGAAUGUCUUCAAAACCACAUAUGGCUGGUCGACGGGUAUCUCCGGUCUGGCCUAUCUAGGCAUCGGCUUUGGGUUUCUGUUCGGGGUGACCCUUAACGCACUCACCAAUGACCGUAUCUUGAUGAAACUCACCGCGCGCAAUGGCGGCAGACACCUGCCUGAGAUGCGUCUUCCGACCAUGAUCUUCUAUGCCUGCUUUAUCCCCGCCAGCUUCUUCUGGUAUGGUUGGUCCGCCGACAAGGGUGUUUUCUGGAUCGUGCCUAUUAUCGGCAUGGCGCCCUUUGGAUUCGGUCUGAUGGGCGUGUACCUUCCCGUACAAACCUAUGUCAUCGACUGUUACCCCGCCUAUGCAGCAUCAGCCAAUGCCACGCUAACCACCGUGCGGUCACUCGUGGGGGCCUUGAUCCCACUGGCGGGACCAAAGCUCUUCGAUAGCCUCGGGCUUGGCUGGGGAAAUUCACUCCUAGGUUUCAUUGCCCUUGCAUUUGUUCCAGUGCCAAUUCUCUUCACACGCUAUGGGCAGCGUAUCCGGGAGAAAUUCCCCGUUGAUCUAGAUUGA